ACACUGCCCAAACCCAGGAGCGUUAUUCUGAACUCUGAGCUAAUUAACAGAGAGCCGAGGUGUCUGUGUUCCUGACAAACAUGUCUGUGAUUAGCGUGCUCCUAGCACACACCUCCACGGUGUCUCUGGCUUUAGUUUUAACUGGUUUUAUAUUUUUAUACUUUUACUGGAAAUCCUCCAAGUCAUCUAAUUACAGCUUCCCCCCCGGCCCGCCGGCUCUACCUGUUAUUGGGAACCUGAACAUUCUGGACCUGCACCGGCCGUACAAAACGCUGAGUAAGCUCUCAGAGACGUACGGCAAUGUGUUCACCUUCCACAUGGGUCCCAAGAAGUACGUGGUUUUGACAGGCUAUGAGGCGGUCAAGGAGGCUCUAGUAACCCAAGCAGAUGACUUCUCAGGGAGAGGCCAGACGCACACCACAAACACUGGCUCUAAAGGCGGGAAUGGUAUUAUCUUCGGUAAGGGGGAGUCCUGGAAGGUGAUGCGUCGAUUCACCCUCUCCACUCUGCGGGACUUUGGGAUGGGGAAGAAGACCAUUGAGGACCGGAUCAUCGAGGAGU